UCAGUCAUAACCCUGGUUGGGUGUCCCUAUAGCAACGGACAGAGCAAACAACCCAAACAAACAAUCGUCCUGUUCCACCCCGGUUCGAGGAGUCCUUUAGUAUAACUUUCUAUUUAUGAUUUUCUGUCAUUCGGUCGGGUCUACUUGCUACCUACUUACUGUUUGUUUUCCGAAAUCAAAUUUUAAAUAAGUUCCAUCCAAGCGGAUGCGUUGCGCUAGCCUGUGGCCGCAUUGAAAAAAUGGACGACUAUAUGCCUCCACGGUACCAGCUGCUCGGCAGGAUCGGCGAAGGCGUUCACGGCGUUGUGGUGAAGGCCCGGGAUUUGAGCGACGACGACAAAAUAGUGGCAAUCAAGAAGCUUACCUUGCGGACCAAGCACGGCUGGAUUUCGACGAACACGAUACGGGAGAUUAAAGUGUUGCAGAAUUCGCAGUGUGAAAAUAUUUUAUCCUUGCUGGACAUGUACCCCGAUUUGUCUGGAAUGUCGCUAGUGUUCGAAUAUAUGCCCUACACGCUAUACAGCAAAAUGAAAGACGAAGAACACCCACUUUCUCGGCACGAAAUCCGUCGCUACAUGGCGAUGCUGCUGAACGGGCUGAAGUAUCUACACGGGCUGAAAAUAAUGCACCGGGACAUAAAACCGGCCAAUUUGCUGAUCGACAAGCACGAUGUGCUCAAAAUUUGCGACUUCGGUCUAGCUCGACUCUUCAACGACCAGGAUCCAUCGAAGGUGUACUCGCCACAGGUGGCUACGCGAUGGUACCGAGCGCCGGAAAUCCUCUGGGGUUGCCAAACGUACGGACCGUCGAUUGAUAUGUGGGCUGCUGGGUGCGUGUUCGCCGAAAUGCUACGAGGGGUGCCGCUGUUUUCCGGUGCGACCGACAUCGAGCAGUUGGCACUGGUGGUUCGUACCCUGGGGACGCCCAUCUUGAAAGAAUGGCCCGAAGUGCGAAGUCUGCCGGACUAUAAUAAAAUUCGUUUUCCCAACGCCAAGGGGGAACGGUGGGAGGAUAUAUUUCCCAGCUUCACUACCAAAAAUGAGAUAGGCCUGGUGGAUGGACUUGUGACGUACAACCCGAGUCGACGGUUGACGGCGGAAGAGGCCAUGCAACAGCCAUAUUUCACUGAAGGAGACGAGAGGUAAAAUUAGGAAUAUCCCACAUCGAAAACUGUAGCUCUUGUGUGCUGCCUCACUCCUAACUCCAGCGUGGAGAUUAUCAUCACGGUGGUGUCGUAAGCCGUCGGAAUGCCCCACGUGCACAUUCCGCACUGACUUGAUACACGGGCAGUGGAACGAGGCGACCAUCUACCGCCAUCAUUGAGGCAAAAAGGGUUGAAGCGCAAAAUAAAUAUAUAUUAGUCCACAGGCGGUGAUUACAUGAUAAAACUCAUAGCCAUUCGUCCAGGUUAGGACAAACUCCUGAACCAGGAAAGGGAAAAGUUCUUUCAUCAUUAAUUCAAAUAUUUAGUCAGACUUACUUUGUAGCAACCAUCAGAA